AUGCUUGACGAAGGAGGCAGCGACGAAGGAAGCGGCGACGAAGAAGUCAGCUAUGAGCUAAGCAGCGACGAAGAAGACAGCUACGAGGGAAACAGUGAUGAAGAAGACAGUGACGAAGAAGGCAGUUGUGAUCGUUCGUCUGUGGUGGGUGAGCACGAAGCUUACACCACAACUGAUGAGGAAGGAAAUGGCGAUAUCGGCACAUCGAGGGACGGGCUGACUAGAAGAGGUAAAUCCUCCAUCACGAAAGACAUUCGUGGCUCCUUUCCAUUUUUGGAAAAGGUUCAAGAGAGUGAUUUACCUGCUGUAGAAUCAUUCGAAUACGCUUGUUCAGUGGCUAAAACAGAGAACGUGCCCACAAACAAAGCUUUAGCGGAAAGCGAUGGAUUCUUAGCCGUAGACGAAAAGACACAUUCGUAUCUACAUUUACUAUCAGGCAGCCACGACUCAGCAGAUUUUGGGAAGCUACGAUUAUUGUUAGCACAUCAUCCCGAUUUAGAAAUUCGUAAUCACCAGGAUCUCACACCGCUUGCCAUCGCCAUUCGAUCUAAGAAUUUGCGAGCCAUGUAUGCUCUACUUAUCUCGGGCGCAAACAUAGAAGCGCUUCUCAGUCACAGACAGACCUACUUACUUCUGGCCUGCCAUCUAGGAAAUGAAGAAGCUGUAUGGGCACUGCUUUCUGCUGGUGCCGAUACCUCCCACAAAGACGAUUACGGAAAUACUGCGGAGGAUCUUGCCGCCAUCAUUGGCCGUUCUGAUAUUGUCGAUUUAUUUUCUGGGAGAGAUAACGAUGACUCUUGUGCAGAAUCUCACUAUAGCGAAUAUUCCACCAACGAAUCUCUCGACGAGGAUUUAUCUAACGGUGAAGAAUCUGAUAUCUCAGAUUCUGGUCAACUCCCCCCAUUAUCAACACCCCAAGACCUUGCCUAUCGUCUCAAAUCAAGCCAAUCUACCUCAACGUUUGGAGAGUGA